CAUGUUUUCAAAUAGAGUCAAGGAUUCCAUUUUCUAAGAUGAAAUAAUUUCCUAAGAGAAUAUAUCAUCUCCCUAAUCAAUUGAUAUGGAACCAUUUUCAGAUUUUGAAUCAAAUUAUCACUGUACUAUUUUUUUUUAAUUUUACUUAAUAGUGUCAUUCAAUACGAAAGAAUGUUUAUAAUUUUAAGAUACAGAAGAUCAGGAAAUGAUCCUUAAUAUAAAAGAGGACGACACAUCUCUUAAUUCCUAAAAUUAAGAGUUAAAUAAAAGAAAAUAAAAAAUUUGGAAUGAUGAAGAAGAUUAAAGACUCAAAUAUUUAUUUGAUCAAUGUUAAGGAAAAUGGAAUGAAAUUGCAAAACAUAUGCCUCAAAGGAAUGCAUCUUAAUGUUAAUAAAGAUGGAGAAGAAUAAAUCCACCUAAAGAUGUAAUUUUAUUAAAUUAUUUAAUUAGUAAACAAGACAUAUCUGGACAUAGGAAGAAGAUGAUAAAUUAACAUAAUUAGUUUAAGAUAUAGGAAAGCAAUGGGUGAAAAUUGCGAAAUGUAGUUUUAUUAUUUAAUUUAGGUUUCGGCAAUAUAACAGGGAAAUAAGCUAGAGAUAGAUAUAUAAAUAAAUUAGAUUAAUCUAUAAAGAAAUAACCUUGGACUUAUGAAGAAGAUAUGUUCAUUUUAGAUUAGUAUAUCAUCAACGGACCUAGAUGGACAAAAAUUUCAAAUCAUUUGAAUGGAAGACCUGUAAUUAAAUAUUUUCUAUUUUUUAUAGGAGAAUCAUGUUAAGAAUAGAUUUUAUAGCUAUAUAAAAAGAAAAUAUUUAGGAGAAUAGAAUAGAUACCAAAUAAUAUAUUCUUGAA